CAUGGAUCUCUGGUACAGAGAUGCCAUUGCUCAUGAUCCUCCUCCUCCUUCGUCCUGCGAUCCCCUUGUCUGCGUGGAGGCGAUCCCGCCCGGCUCUUCACGUCUGCGCACGUCUUCUUCUGACGCGGAACGUACCGCGUCCGGCUCGUCUGCACGCCCAGCCCAGCAGCGCGGUUCGCCUUCUUGUUCUCUUUGGCGAGAGCUGCCCGGCACGGUCCGCUUAUCGUCGCACCCCUGCUGUUUUGCGCCCAGGGAGACAUCGAUACACGCGUUCGCGCGUUGGAACAUGAGAAAAACGCCGAGUCCAACCCGUACGCGUUGCCGCGCGCCCGCGCGGGCGGGUCGCGUAAUGAGCACACACACGCCUGGCAUCGCUCACGCCGUCUGUUUUUGCCCCAGCGGAAAGCCAGGGGGCGUGUGCUCCAAUUGGCACAUACGCGUUACCCCGCGUACCCGCGCCAGAUUCUGCCGAACGGAUCAGCUGUGCACGAACAUACGUCAGGACAAUGGAGAGGGAAGUUCCAGCUCUCGUCCCAAGUUCGCCGGGCAUUCAUACGUCCGAUGCCUCGGGAGUGUCGACGAUCCACCCUGCUGAGGGCGUGCUAUCCUGAGUAUCAGAGCAGAGACG